AUGAUUCUGUCACGGGGGUCUCUCUCCUCCCGCCCCAUCGCCUCAUUUCUCUUCAUAUGAUUCUGGUGGAGAAGAAACAUUUGAUUUCUUUCGUGCUCCAUUGCGAUCGAGUGUUUUUGGGGGGACUUUGGCACAUGCUGGCACUUGUUCCGACUGCAUUUAACACGCAGAUGCGCUGAAUGCUGAAACUGGAUUGCACUCAUUCUUUGACCAUGACAGCUGCUGGACACGAUAAUGUUUGGAAUAAAAGCGAUGCAUUGGAAGUAAGCGCGAGGUUUGGCGCUCGUGUCUCAGCCGAGCACUGAUAAAAUAAUAAUGCUACUGGAUCAGCUGCAAAACUACCAGAGGGACACUAGUACAAACAAAUACAGAGGAUCUCACUAACUCGGUUUGAAUACUGGACGCACAUCUCAGAUGACUGGGACGCUUUGAAUUGUCCUCAGAAGACUAGAGAUCCUGCAGGAUAACCAUCCACAUGCUCCUGAGAGGAACAGAGACACGGGAGGAUGUCGGCAGAGGCAGAACUUCAAGCCCACGUCAGAGUCAGUGUCAGGAAGGAGUCCAGAAGACGAGGUGGGGAUCGCAGCAAGCAGGCCCUGAUUCAGCGCUUCAGGGGCGACGGCGUCCGCUACAAGGCCAAGCUGAUUGGGAUUGAUGAUGUGAAGGCCACACGCGGAGACAAACUGUGUCAGGACUCCAUGAUGAAGCUGAAGGGCAUUGCUGCUUCAGCCCGCUCGAAGGGGAAGCACAAACAGAGAAUCUUCUUGACCGUGUCUUUUGGAGGAAUCAAGAUUUAUGAUGAGAGAUCAGGGGUCUUACAGCACCACCACUCUGUACAUGAGAUCUCCUACAUUGCCAAAGACACAAGGGACCAUCGCGCCUUCGGCUACGUGUGCGGAAAAAAAGGCAACCACAAAUUUGUGGCAAUCAAGACCAGUCAUUCGGCAGAGCCAGUUAUACUGGACCUGCGUGACCUUUUCACCCUCGUCUAUGACAUCAAAAAGAGGGAGGAGUCACAGGAAAAGGCUCAGAAGGACAAGCACUGUGAACAAGCCAUCUAUCAGACGAUUCUGGAAGAUGAAACUGAUGAUCCGGUGUAUCAGUACAUUGUGUUUGAAGCCGGACACGAGCCCGCCCGUUUCCACCAAUCAGAGGAGAGCAUUUACCAGGUCCCCACAAGUCAUCAGAAAGACGGGAUCUAUGACGUUCCAAAACACCAUUUUGUGACUAAUAUAAACCAGUUUGAUAUUUUCGGUGACAUGGCAACGCCCCCAGACAUCCUCUCUAUGCCAGCGUCGCCUGCUACUGCACUGGAUCCUGGAAGAAGGCGACGUCAGCACCGCCCAGAACUCUUCACCCAUUUUAGCCCACCGGCUGUGCCCUCUGGUUAUAUGACCAUGGGUGCUAUCCAGGCUGCUCACUGGACUCAACAAUCAUUUGCUACCCAGGCUGCUCCAAUGGCUUUUGGGGUUCAAGGACCAUUGCAGGUGGCUCAGAUGCUUCCUGGAGGUCAGCCUGUGAUCUGGGGUCAGGCUAACCUCUUCCACUCUCCAGCCACGGGCCAGCAGCAAUGGGCAUUCGUACCAGCCCAGACAGUUGGCAUGGGGGCGCAUCCAAUUCCAGCCGCAGUGCUUCAGGGUAUGGUCCCCAUAGCUCUACCCACCCACUCCUGUGAACCCCCCGAGACUUCAUCAAACAUUGUAAGUCCUCAGCACUUUGUAAAUUCUGCCGUACAGCAAAGUGGAUCUAAGCACGCCUUAAACAAGGACCCCCAGGAGGAAACAAUAGCUGUUCACAUUAGCACAAGCAAACAUGACGCUGCAAAGUCCAAUGGGAAACAUGAAAUUGACUGCUGUGGGGAGCUUGAUCUUUCACAGCUGAGAUUGACUUCAGACUCAUCAAUAUCAUCAUACCCAACUGAUUCUUAUUCUACUCUUGGUCCGGAGCAGGAAACCAUGUCCCCAACAGCUGCCUCCUUAAUAGAGUCAUCGCUCCUGUCUGCAAAAGACAGCUUAGUAAAUGUGCCAGAAGUUUUGCAGGCUUGUGCUCAAACUCUUGGCACUGAUGAGACACCACCAGAUGCUCAAAUAAACCUUCCAGACUCUUCACAUCUGGAUAUCCAAAGAGAGAUGUCUUCUGGGAAGAAUGCCUAAACAUAAAGAAAAGCACUCCAGAAAUCACAGUGAUACAGCUGGGACUUAAAGCUGUGUGAGCUCUGUUGGACAUUUGACAAAUAUUAAUAACUGAUACAAAGUAAAAUCUAUUUUAAUAAAUGAAGUGCACCUUUAGUUUGCGAUGGACUCGAAAACUAUUCAUUACUAGUUUUUUUUUUUUUUUUUAGUAUUAAAAUGUCACAAUAUGAGAA